UAAUCGACCAGGAGCAUCAAGAGCAGGGGGCACUUGGCCCGUCUCCUCCAGCGGCCGCGAUCAGAGAGGCAAAGGCCUCGUCGGCAUUUCCAUCUCCGAUUCUCUCCCCCGCCUUGUGCCUUCGGCUUCGCAUCUCUCUCUCUCUCUCUCUCUCUCUCUCUCUCUCUCUCUCUCUCGCUCGAUCGCCGAUGGCGGCUUUUCCUUCGAUUCUUCUCGUGGCUUUCCUACUCCCGCUGUCCAGCUGUUUCGCGGAGAGCAGCCGGAAGGAGCUCAGGGAUAAGGGUGUUGACAGGGACAUGGCCAUUGCAAUGGGGAACUCAUUUCUUUCCAACAGACUUGACCCCUCACGGGUUAUCCAGCUCUCAUGGCGACCAAGGUCAGGCUCUUUUUGUAUAGGGGUUUUAUGACGGAUGAAGAGUGUGAUCACCUUAAGUCGUUGGUCCAUGGUACCAAUAAGAACAUGAGGAGGGAUGAUGAUUUGGAUAAAGUUGCUAGGCAAAGGCGUUCGUUGAGCUCUGAAAUUCCAUUAGAUCUGACAGAUGACAUAGUGACAAGGAUCGAGGAAAGGAUUUCAGCUUGGAGUUUUCUACCUAAAGAGAUGGGCAGGCGCAUACAGAUAAUGCAAUUUGGGUUUGAAGAAGGUAAACAAAAGUAUGAUUAUUAUGGUAAUGCUUCCGUGCCAACACAGGCCAAGAAUUUGGUGGCAACGGUUAUUUUGUAUCUUUCGAAUGUCACUCAGGGUGGGGAGAUACUUUUCCCUGAGUCAGAGCUGAACGGUAAGAGCUGGUCUGAUUGUGGCAAGAGUGAUGACCUCUUGAGACCAAUGAAAGGGGAUGCUAUCUUGUUUUUCUCUCUCCAUCUCGAUGCAUCUCCUGACACGAGCAGCACCCACACUAGGUGCCCCGUCAUUGAAGGUGAAAUGUGGUGUGCCAUGAAGCUCUUUCACAUACGACCCCUAGACAGUGAAAAGACAUCCUUGGACUCUGACAGCGACGGCUGCACUGAUGAGGAUGAGAAUUGUCCGAGAUGGGCUGCCACUGGCGAAUGCCAAAAGAAUCCAGUAUACAUGAUUGGCUCACCAGAUUACUACGGGACAUGUAGGAAGAGUUGCAACGCAUGCUGAUGGCACCCUUACACAGCUUUGCACCGAAAGCUGAGGUUCUGACUUUUGAUUGCUUCACUUGUUUAUCUUGCAAAAUGUAAAUGACCGGGGCAGGGUCUUGGUUUCUCAUCAACUCCAUCUAAUGCUAAAGAGAGUUUCAGGUUCUCAUGCCUACGGCGGCAGGGUGCUUCAAGUCAGGACCUUUUAGAAUAGCAAUCAGUUGCUAAUACGAGACGAAGCAAAUCAUGUUACAGAAACUACACAAGGAUUUGGCUUUGAUGGAAUUUGAUCCCAUCAUUGUUAUUCUUCUUUUGUACUUGUGAUCCACUUGGUAUUGGAAAACAGCUAAAUAAUCUGCUCAUCCUAAAAUCCCUGCGCAUUAGAUUCA